UUCCCUUCGCCCACAAAAAAUUAUUCUCAUUAAACAGCACAUAAUAAAUAACCCAUCGUUGAAAACAAGUAGAAAUAAAAGGAAGCAAAAAAGAAAAAGAAAAAAACAGAAUGCAGGAGACACCGGUGAUUAUAAUCGGUGCCGGAACUUCCGGCAUAGCAACAGCUGCAUGUUUAACGAAACAAUCCAUACCUUUCAAAAUGUUUGAAAGAGAAAACUGUUUCGCAUCUUUAUGGCAAAAAUACACUUAUGACCGUGUUCAUCUUCACCUCAGAAAACAAGUUUGUGAAUUACCUCAUUUUCCAUUUCCAUCUUCUUAUCCUCACUAUGUACCCAAAAAACAGUUCAUAGAAUAUUUAGAUAAUUAUAUCAAACACUUCAACAUAACUCCUUUGUAUAACAGAGCAGUGGAGUUAGCAGAGUAUAAUGAUGAUGAUGAGAAAUGUAGGGUCAAGGUUGAGAAUAAGAGUUCUGGUGAUGUUGAGGAAUAUUCUGGAAGGUUCUUGAUUGUUGCUAGUGGUGAAACGGCUGAACCUUUUGUCCCUCAAGUUGUAGGGUUAGAGAGUUUUAAAGGGAAAGUAAUUCAUUCAACUAGGUACAAGAAUGGAAAAGAGUUUCAUGAUGAACAUGUUCUUGUUGUUGGUUCUGGUAAUUCUGGUAUGGAAAUUGCUUUAGAUUUGGCCAAUUUUGCUGCUAAACCUUCCAUUAUUGUUAGAAGCCCGGUUCAUGUUCUUUCUAGGGACAUGAUGUAUUAUGCUGGGGUUUUGUUGAAGUAUCUGUCACUAAACAAUGUGGAGAAAUUGGUGGUGAUAGUUAGCAGAAUUGUGUAUGGGGAUCUGAGGAAAUAUGGUAUACCUUUGCCUAGUGAGGGACCUUUCACUAUGAAGAUUAAGUAUGGCAAGUUUCCAAUAAUUGACCUUGGAACUGUCAAGAAAAUCAAAUCUGGAGAGAUACAGGUGUUACCAGCGGAAAUAGAGAGCAUACGAGGUAACGAAGUGUUGUUUCGGGAUGGAAAAUCCUACUCAUUUGACUCCAUUAUUUUCUGCACCGGCUUCAAGAGAUCAACUCAAAAAUGGCUUAAGUUUAUUUUAAACAGGGAGGUGAUAGUCUUCUGAAUGAGGACGGUUUAGCAAACCAAUGGAAGGGUAAGAACGGUUUGUACUGCGUUGGACUGUCAAGGAGGGGAUUUUAUGGAGCUAACCUUGAUGCUCAAAAUGUGGCAAAUGAUAUUGCCUCGUUACUUUCCCAAUAAUAAAGAAAAUGAAUUGUGAAAUUCAUGUGAUAUAUGUUUCAUUUGUUUGAAAU